CUGAGACAGACACAGAGACAGACAGUCAGAAAGUUAGAGACAGACACAGACAGACAGGUGAUGAAGAUGGUGUCCUCCUCCCGCUGCCUCCUCCUCCUCCUCUCUCUCACCGCCUCCAUCAGCUGCUGCUACGCCGCUCAGAGGGAUUCAAAACUCCGCCUGUUGCUGCACAGGAGCCCGCUGCUCUCCAACAAACAGGAGGUGUCUCGCUCCUCGCUGGCCGAGCUGCUCCUGUCCGACCUCCUGCAGGUGGAGAACGAGGCUCUGGAGGAGGAGAGCUUCCCUCUGGCUGGUGGAGAACCUGAGGAGAUCCACAUGGACCUGGAGCGAGCCGCCGGCGCCACCGGGCCGCUGCUCGCCCCCCGGGAGAGGAAAGCAGGCUGCAAGAACUUCUUCUGGAAGACCUUCACUUCCUGCUGA